ACUCAAAAGGGACAGCUUUGAAAGAGGAAAUGACCCAAAAAACACAAAAAAACCCACCACCACAAGCACCAAUAAUAUCCCUCCAAAUUCUCAAUAAUUCUUGCUCUUCUUCUCCUUCUUCUAACUGUUUAUUCCACCACCCGCCAUUUUCCUAACGAUAUUAUCCACAUCCUCUAAUAAUCCGUCACUUUCCCAUCAUCCAAACAUUAUAAAGUUCUUGUUUUUCCCUUUUUACCGACUCACAAAUUUAUUUUAAUAAACGGGGGAAAACUGUUUUCAACUCACUUUAUUUGAUUCCAUAUGGUGGCAUGUCUCUUCUUUUGCCACGUGUCCUUCGUCGCCAUGAAUCAGUUAUCUCCGGUCACUGGAGUAUUACCUUGUUUGUGCUCUUAUAAACUCAAUAGAGAUGCUAAGUUUGUGGGUUCCGGGUUUGGUUUUGAGUUGCAGGUAAAGGAUCGGUUCAAGAGGAAGCUUAAGUUUGUUGUAAAUGCGGAGUUGUCGAGAGCAUUCUCUGUUAAUUUCGAUUGGGACUCUCAGAUUGUCCAGCCUCAUGAUAUAUCUCAGUUGCCUUGGAUUGGUCCGGUUCCUGGAGAUAUUGCUGAAGUUGAGGCAUAUUGUAGAAUAUUUAGAACAGCCGAACGGCUUCAUGCUGCAUUGAUGGACACAUUGUGCAAUCCUGUGACUGGGGAAUGCAGUGUUUCAUAUGAUUUCUCACCAGAGGAAAAACCAUUAUUGGAGGACAAAAUAGUGUCCGUCCUUGGUUGCAUGCUAUCACUUUUGAAUAGAGGAAAAGAGGAUGUUCUUUCUGGAAGAGCUUCCAUUAUGACUUCCUUUUCUUCAGAUGUAAGCUUUAUGGAGGAUAAGCUUCCUCCACUUGCCAUUUUUCGGAGUGAGAUGAAAAGGUGUUGUGAGAGUUUGCAUGUUGCUCUUGAAAACUAUUUAACACCUGAUGAUGGUCGAAGCCUUGAUGUAUGGAGGAAAUUGCAGAGGCUGAAGAAUGUCUGCUAUGAUUCUGGUUAUCCCCGCCUUGAUGAUUACCCUUGUCAUACACUUUUUGCAAAUUGGAGUCCUGUUCAUUUAUCUAGUUCUAAAGAAGACAUAGCUUCCAAACAUUCUGAUGUAGCAUUUUGGAAAGGUGGUCAGGUAACCGAAGAAGGUUUGAAUUGGUUACUGGAGAAAGGAUUCAAAACUAUUAUAGAUCUCAGAGCAGAGAUUAUAAAGGAUAAUUUUUAUCAAGAGGCUGUGGAUGCUGCUAUCUUGUCUGGAAAGGUUGAAUUGAUUAAAAUUCCUGUUGAAGUUAUGAUGGCGCCUUCGGUGGAGCAUGUUGAGAAGUUUGCAUCUUUGGUUUCAGAUUGCAGCAAAAAGCCCAUCUAUCUUCAUAGUAAGGAAGGAGCAUGGAGAACUUCUGCAAUGAUAUCCAGAUGGAGGCAGUACAUGAAUCGUAGUGCAUCUCAGUUUAUUACCCGCAGUGAUUCAGGACCGCAAGAAACAAAUGAAACCAGAGAAUCGCAAGCACCUUCUGUUACAGAAGAGAGGUCCCUCAUGGAACAGGAAAAUGGAUCACUGCAACAGGCUUUGGAUAACCUUCAUGGUACCAAUGGAGUGUCUCAUGAAGUUGUCUCUUCAUUUAGGGAUGAAACAGGCCAAAGCAUUAAUGGGACCGACAAUGGUUUUGUAUCUGUUCAGGGUACAGCAUCCACAGAAACAGUUGAUAAGGGAGGAAGACCUUCAGUAAACAUCCGCAGGGAAACUGAUCCUCUCAAGGCACAAGUUCCUCCUUGCAAUAUUUUCUCCAAAGAAGAGAUGUCCCAGUUUUUUAGGACUAAAAGAGUUUCACCUCCUAGGUACUCUAACUAUCGAUUCAGUAAGUUCAAAAAGUUGCCUGUUUCAGGAGAGAGACAUAUUGGGAUGGUAAAAACACGUGAGAUUAAGGACGUUGAUCCUAUAUCAGGACUUGGGGAGACAAAGAGAUCCAAUGGAUCAGUUAGUAAUGGAAAUCUAUCUCCAGAUCGUAAGAGCUCAUAUGUUGAAGGUCUGAAGCAUCUGAAAGGCAAUAGCUUUAUUUCUGUUGGUUCAGGUUUGAAUGCAGUUGAUGAAAGGGAGAGGUAUUCUGUUCCUGAAACUAAUGUCAAUACCACUGUGAGUGACAGCUUGAAGGAGCAUGUUACAUCUAAAUCUAUUGAGGAGGUUCACAAAAAAAAUGGAGUUGCAUCCUCAGGCCUCAGUGAUGAUGAGUUGGGCUCAAUUGAAGGAAACAUGUGUGCUUCUGCAACUGGUGUUGUAAGAGUGCAGUCAAGAAAGAAAGCAGAAAUGUUUCUUGUUCGAACUGAUGGAUUUUCUUGCACCAGAGAAAAGGUUACUGAAUCUUCCUUGGCCUUCACUCAUCCAAGUACCCAGCAACAGAUGCUUAUGUGGAAAUCAACACCAAAGACUGUUUUGUUGCUAAAGAAGCUGGGACAAGAACUCAUGGAAGAAGCUAAAGAGGUUGCUUCUUUCCUGUAUCACCAAGAGAAAAUGAAUGUUCUUGUUGAACCUGAUGUUCAUGACAUAUUUGCUAGGAUCCCAGGCUUUGGAUUUAUUCAGACCUUUUACAGUCAAGACACCAGUGAUCUCCAUGAGAGGGUUGAUCUCGUGGCAUGCUUGGGGGGAGAUGGGGUUAUACUCCAUGCAUCAAAUUUAUUUAGAGGUGCAGUUCCCCCUGUUGUAUCCUUUAAUCUUGGAUCUCUUGGAUUUCUCACUUCCCACAGUUUUGACGACUACAAGCAGGACUUGAGACAGGUUAUCCAUGGUAAUAACACACUAGAUGGUGUUUAUAUAACUCUUAGAAUGCGCCUCCGUUGUGAAAUAUUCCGCAAUGGCAAAGCUGUACCUGGGAAAGUUUUUGAUAUCCUAAAUGAGGCGGUUGUUGAUAGGGGUUCUAAUCCAUAUCUUUCUAAGAUAGAAUGUUAUGAACAUGACCGACUUAUAACCAAGGUGCAAGGUGAUGGAGUCAUAGUGGCCACACCUACAGGAAGUACUGCAUACUCUACAGCUGCUGGAGGUUCCAUGGUGCAUCCAAAUGUUCCUUGUAUGCUGUUUACCCCAAUCUGUCCACACUCUCUCUCGUUUAGGCCAGUCAUACUUCCAGAUUCUGCUAGGCUUGAGUUAAAGAUUCCGGAGGAUGCUAGAAGCAAUGCGUGGGUUUCUUUUGAUGGAAAGAGAAGGCAGCAACUUUCAAGAGGGGAUUCUGUCCGGAUAUCCAUGAGCCAGCACCCACUUCCAACAGUCAACAAAUGUGACCAAACAGGUGAUUGGUUCCGCAGCUUGAUUCGCUGCCUGAACUGGAAUGAAAGGCUAGAUCAGAAGGCCCUUUGAAGGUUCUGAAACUGAAGAGAAUCCUAUUCCAUUUCCAUGUCAGGGUUAAGGUUUGUGUAAAUUACUGUACAGACUCUAAAUUAUAAAUGACCACAGAAAAUUUUACUAACGCUGAGUUAAUAUUAUUCAUCACAACAUAGGCUCCCAGAUGAAAUUAGGAUUUGCCAUAUUUUUCUUUUUCCUUUUUGAGCUUUAAUAAUUGUAUUACAUACUGUCAAUAAUUACAGACAAUAAAAUAUAAUCUCACAACCUUUUUCUAGAUCUAAA